CAUUCCACAAUACUUGAUUCUAUAGAGACGUAUUGUUAUGCAAAGUAGUUCGUCUAAAAUAUCCCCCUGGCAACGCAGCUCUGGGCAGAGAAUUACCGGGACCGCGCGACGGACAAACAGAAGCGGGCAAGCGGGCAGUUUUUGAGUCACUUCUACCCGUCCAAACGUCAAGAGUCACCCUUGCCAAAUACACCACAGCGGGACGCGAGAGACGCAUUUCCUGAGGUAAAUUACCUCAGACGUCUCUAAACCUAACGGCCCUCGAUGCGCUUAACCGGAGAUACCGCCGUUCACACGCCUCCUUUCUCACACUAAAUAACUCCACAUUCUGCCAUAACCUGGUGCUGCUACUGAGAGAGAGGGAGACACACACACACACGGAGACUUACACCUUGUGGAUCAUUGAACUUUCUCGCUAGGUCUUUGGAUAUAUACCAUAGUCAGUGACUGCAUUUACACACCAAGUGUGUCGUUUACUUGUCCUUUUUGGGAUAUACGCUCGUCUUAUUUCUAGUCUCACGAGCCUAAACUGGUUUUAGUCCAGUAAAGCCGCUAAUAUAUCCAAGUACUAGAGACGGUAAAGGCGAAAAGAGUUGGUUUAAAGCAUCAUGAGCCAGGCGGAUAUAUCGACGUGCUCGGCGCCCCAGAGAGUCUUCCAGGAGGCGGUGAAGAAAGGCAACACGAAGGAGCUCCAUUCACUACUGCAGAACAUGACCAACUGCGAGUUUAACGUCAACUCCUUCGGCCCCGAGGGACAGACGGCGCUGCACCAGUCGGUCAUCGACGGGAAUUUGGAGCUCGUGAAACUGCUGGUGAAAUUCGGAGCCGAUAUUCGGCUGGCGAACCGAGAGGGAUGGAGCGCGUUGCACAUCGCCGCUUUUGGGGGACACCAAGACAUCGUGUUAUACCUCAUCACCAAGGCCAAGUACUCCUCCGGCGCGCGGUGAUCCGGUAGAAAUACGCGGAAAGACCGGGCUCGUUUAAUUCUAGCAUUGAUUUGCCAAGCUUGACAGACGACGGCGAAGUUCCCUUGUACCUUAAAAACCAAAUGAGGGCUGUAGCCUUUUUCUUUCCCGUGAGUAUAUGGUCAGAUCUGGCGACGAGAAACUGUUUGGGAUGUGCGUUGGUACUAUAGCUUUUUAUUGAAUGUUUAAGUCAUCAGAUCUGGACUGUGUGGCUUUACCAGGGCUUGACCUGUUGACCUGCCCACCUGGAGAAAUCGAGAUGGCACUUGAUGCUGUGGCUGAAUGCUGGAAUAGUUGAAAGAGGUGAACUCCAGAAUGAAGGCCAUCCUCUGUUUUGGCUAAACACUGUCUUUUAAUACAAACCGUAAGUCGUUUCAUCAAUCAAAGCGUGUGGCAUUGGUGACCAGUGCUGAAAUAUGUCCUCGAAAUAACAAUUGACUUAUUCUUAAGUACUGUACACAUAGCUUUACUGUGUUUCUCUGUACAAGUAGUCUAUUGUGCUCUGCCUUCACUUAGCAGACGGCUUCCACACAGCUUUCAGGCCAGUGCGACCCAUGUCUAUGGUUAACGUGUUACUAAAAACCGCUGCUUUCGCUUUUUUUUUUUUUUCCUUCUUUUUUUUGUAUCAAAACGUCAGGAAAGUCGCCUUUGGGACACACUUUAUAAUCUUCUUUCAGUAUUUUGAAUUAACACCCUGGUCAUCACUGUGAAUACAGGCUGGGUUUGUCUUUUUAUUUAUGAAGGUACAUUGAGAUGAUGCAUUUAAAUUAUGUUGUGGUUAUUUUUAAGACUAUAGCCUAAGUGUAAAAGUAUGUAGGGUGACCUAAAGCUGCUUCGGACUCGUUACAGGCUAAACUGUCCCGUGUGGAGAUUCCGCUCCACGGCCCCCCACGUGUACAACUCCCCCCCCCCCCCCCCCCCCGGGAAAUGUGUCCCCCUUCUACUUUUAUUCUGGUUCUCUGCAUCAGCUACCUCGACUUGAAAGUAUUCGACAAUAUCAUAUGCUCUCUUUCUCAAGCCUUCUCCUUAACUCUUCUCAGUUACCCACUAGUGCUCAACAGAAACAGUAGGCCCUGUUUGGCUAAUUUUAUUUUACUUGAUGUUUUCUUAUUGUCAUUCUCGUUUUUUAUAAUCUUCACUCGGGACAAUUUAUCUCCGCGAACCAAAAUUAAGAUCCAUUGGUUAUUCAAAACAUUUUUUUCGUUCGUCAAGCAUGGUUGAGACAUUGUAUAUGUAGGUUAAGCUGAUUGCUUAAUUAUGCAUUGUCAUUUUUUGUUUGCAUUUUAGUUACAAAAAGUGAAAUGCGUUGCAUGACUAUUAAAUGCAGGGAGUUUUGUUGCACAUAAAUGUGGAGCCUUUUACGCCCCCUAGUGCCUGGUCGGGUAACUGCAGGAGCUGAGGCUUACCAAUAGUUACUACUGAGCAGGACUAUAUGAACAUUGAGAAGACUAUGACUUUGUUGCAGGAAACAUCGACAGAUUCAUUCAAAAGACUGCCUGCCACCUUUAAGAGUCAUGGCACCUGAUGUUUGUUUCAAUGCUGCUUUUAUGUAAGAUUUUUUUUCUUGAUACAAUGGCUAACGGCGAGUGAAUGAGGACAAAUAUCAGUUAGAAUCAGUUUUUUUUUUCUCCUUUUUUUUGCAAGAAGCCCCAUGCAGUUGUGUGAGCAUGUGUGAUUGUACUCAUGUCUUGCACGCAUGCCACAGUUCAGUGGUGUUGCUGAUGUUUCCAGCCCCUGUCGCUCAACCUGGUUAACCAGCCAGGAACUCCUCAUACACCUGGUGAUACAACAGAUGUGAUUCUCAUGAUCAUCUAUUCGAUUGGUAUAGGCAGAACAAAUAUGCAUCGCUUGUCUUAAACUUGAUAUUUUUACUCUUGUUGAAAAUAUUGCACUGAUGACUGUCGUUAAUUCGUUGACUUCAGGUCAACAUUUUAUUUUUUCUAAAUAGAAAAAAGGAACACAACAAAAUACUAUUGUAUAAAAAAAAAAGCUCCAGGUUAUAUUGUCUCUUUUUGUGUGUUACAUUGUAUAACAUUACGUUUGCAAAGAUGUUUGUAUCUCUGUGAUCGGGUGUAUGUGUAUACAUAUAUGGUAUAUAUAUGGAUAUAUAGACGCUGAUAUCUCAGAGCACUUUCUUAUUUGAAGUGCUCUCCUCCUGAUGUUAAUAAAGGGGAAUAAUACUUGUGAUGGUAAGAUCAUUGUAACAAAAAUAAAUUGCACGAUGUAUAGUUGUUUUACCCCACCAUUUGUCAUAACAUUUAUGACAUGGGGUUUAAAUGACUGGAUAGGUGUAUAUGAAUGAGUAAAAGUGCUGUUGUAUUUUUCUUUUCUUUUAUGUGGACCAAGUUAUUUUUCAUCUUGUGUCUCCAGCAAACAAAAGUUUUAUGAGUGAUGCGAAUGUUCUUUUGUGUUGACUUUAUCUUUUCCUUUUUCUUUUGUUUGUGUGUCUGUUUUAUUUGUAUUUUUUGUUUUUUGUUUUUUGUUUUUUUUGAACAUUUGUAACACUGUGAUUCAUGUGUGGUGAGAAUAUGAGUGCUGUAUUUUUUGUAUGUGUGUGUGUGUGUGUGUGUGUUGAAGCCAGUAAAGAAAUAAUUAAACCUUC